GUAGAUCUAUCAUGACUGCAAGGAUGCAGGGAGCGACAAGCCGGGACAAACCAACGCCAAAGAGACCUGCAACAGAGAUAAUGGUGAGGGUCAGGAGAGCGCUGUGGUUGGUACUGGGCAUGCUCAGUCUGUCUCUGCUGCUGGUGGUGCUGGGAGUCUACACGACGACACGAACAGAGAGCCUGAAUGUUUCUGGCUACAUCUCUGGAGUUAUUCUGACCCUUGGAUCCUUCCUGGGACUUCUGGGACUCUGCCUGGAAGAAAACCGCAAACAGCUGCUGACGGCUGCGAUUGUAUUCCUCAGCUUUGGGAUCAUCACCUCUUUUCUGUGCCUGGUGAUUGAUGGCGUCUGUAUUGUCUUUAACAUGGACAUGCGUCCACUGAAAGCGCAUAGAUGCCAGUAUUACAGCAGCGGUGGCAGUUACGUCUAUGAGAACUUCUACACCUCUGUGUCUUGUUGGAGUCCAACGGAGACUUGUAGUAUGACAGUACGAAGUGGGACCUGCUACUGUUGUGACCUGUAUGACUGCGCCAACGGUGGCUACCUCAGCAACUACUAUGAGUUUGUCGGUGUGCAAAGCUGUGAGGAAGUGUUCACGCUGUACAUUUUAAUUUGGGUGCUCACUGGCCUAAACCUCGUGGCCUCAUUCACAGGCAUCCUCACUACAGCGGUGCUGGGCAGCAUCAAGGACGUGAGGAGUAGGAGCCCUGUGACGGAGCCCUCUCAGAUUACAGCAUCUUCCUCCCCGACAGCUCCACUACUGAUGGACGCCAACACACACACAGUCCACCAGCUCCACCCAGGGGCCUCGAUGUAUUUCCCUGCAGCAGAAGGAACAGCUGCCUCGCAGAGUUUUCCUUCAUCAUCGACUCGUUGCUCUGAGUCCAACCCUCCUCCCAUCUACCCUGUGACCAGCCUGCUGCCUUACAGGGUCCACGGCAUCUCUGCAUAAACACCAGCAAAAAACUGACCAGAAAAUAAAUGCAGAAGGGAUAAAUAGAUAUUUUGUUGUCCUUGUUUAUGCUGGAGUGAGGAAGGGAGGAGGUACAACUAAAAAAGAAAAAAAAAAGAUAAAGGUAAAAAAAGAAAAGG